GCCAACCGGCUCUCCAUGCAGGUCGGCGGCAACAGCGACGGCAUAUGGAGGUGGGCGGAGGCGGCCGACCGUCUGGUCAGCCCGCAGACGCCGCGAUGGGAGCCGGUGGGGGGCUCCAACGGCUCGCCAGACGUCUCGUACGAGGAUACCAGGUGGCCGCCACCCCAGCAGCAGCAGCAGCAGCAGCUGGUGGUCCUGACUGACGUCUCCGGGCCCCUCGGGAUCCACGUGGUGCCGGAGUGUGACGAGAGCGGUCGCGACGCGGGCCUGCACGUGCAACGGGUGGAGCCGGACGGCGCGGUGCGGCGCGACGGACGCGUCUCCGUCGGCGACCGCAUCGUGCAGAUCAACGGCCACAGCCUGCGUAACAUCAGCUUCCAGAGGGCGCAGGAGAUCUUCGUGAGCGCGAUGAGCGGCGGCGAUCUGCGACUGCUGGUGGAGCACGUGCCGGGCCGCUCGCAGCCGCCGGCGCCGGCGGCCGCGCUCUCUCGCUCGCACACGCCCAUCGACGCACUCGACGGCGACGCCAUAGGCGGCGGCUCGCGCGUCGCCACCGUCUCGCCCACCAAGAAGGUGCCGGCCUCGCUGUCGUCGCGCACGCAGAGCGUCAUGCAGACGUCCAACACGCGCAAGCUGGGCCGCCGGCUGUCGGUGGCGCUGGUCAAGGGCGCCGACGGCCUGGGCUUCAGCGUGACGACGCGCGACAACCCGGCCGGCGCACACGCGCCCGUCUACGUCAAGAACAUCCUGCCGCAGGGCGCGGCGGUGGAGGACGGCCGCCUUCGGCCGGGGGACCGGCUACUGGAGAUCGACGGCGUCGCCGUCACCGGACUCAGCCAGCGCCAGGUGGUGCACAUGCUGCGCGCCGUGCGGCCGGCCCAGCCCGUCGAGCUCGUGCUCUCGCGCCACGAACAGGAGGACGCCAGCCCCAAGCUGCCGCGGCCGCUGCCGGCCGACCACCGCGAGCCGGACGAGUCGGAGCCCUCCCGCGACAAGGAGGUCCUCGUGUUCGACAUCCCCGUGCACGACUCGGAGCGAGCCGGCCUCGGUAUCAGCGUCAAGGGCAAGACGACGGCCGGCCAUAGCGGCCCGCUGGACGUGGGCAUCUACAUCAAAAACGUUAUUCACGGCGGUGCCGCCAGCAAGGACGGCCGCUUGCAGCGCAACGACCAACUGAUCGAUGUCAACUACACGGCCCUGCUGGGGCUCAGCAACAGCGACGCCAUGGAGACGCUGCGGCGCGCCAUGUGCCAAGAGGGCCCGAAGUCGGGCGUCAUCACGCUGACGGUAGCGCGUCGGGGCGAUCUGGGCGGCGGCAGCGGACGCGAGUCUGUCAACAGCAUGCUCUCCAAUUCGUCCGGCGAGGUGCUGGCCGGCUGGCGGCCAUCCAGCGAGCGGGACCAGUCGGGCCACAGCGAGGAGUCGCAGGUGACCGUGAUCCAUCGGCCGCCGCCGCCGCCGCCGCCAUCCGACGGCCACGGCCCCGGCCCCGGCGCCGACCGACACCCCCGCAACAUCCGCAACGACAGCUACUACCAGGCCACGCACGACACGUGGGACGCGUCGGCGCUGCAGCAGGCGGCGGCGUCCCCCGCCGGCGAGCGGCCGGUCGGCUGCAGCCCCACUGUCGACGCGGUCUCCGUCGAGGCGGCGCCCGGCGGGACGUCGCUGGAGCAGGCAGGUGUGGGCUUCACUCGUGACCAGCUGGGCCGCCAGUCCAUCAGCGAGAAGCGGCACGCCUCCAAGGACGCCAAGGGCACGGACACGUACCAGCGCACCAAGCGGGCGCGCGAGGAGCGCGAGCUGGGUCCCAGCCUCGGCAUGAAGAAGUCCUCCAGCCUCGAGUCGCUGCAAACCAUGGUGCACGAGGCCGUGCGCGGCCGCGGCUGCAACGAGAGCUUUCGCGCCGCUGUCGACCGCAGCUACGAGGCGCCGCUGGCCAACAUGCGGGACCGCAUGGAGACGCGUGAGUGGCCGAGCUCCAUGAGCUCGGGCGCCGCCGACGACAAGAAGGCGAAGCGACGCUCCGGCCUGCUGAAGGGACUCGGCAACGUGAUCCGACCCGACUGA